UGUAAGAUUUACGAGCUUCUAUGACUUCCCAAUUGUUUGGUUGUUUAGUUUUAUUUUAUAAUUAUCAUGACGUCACAUCUUACAUCCAAGCGAAGCGAGAACAAUGAGCUUAGUUUCGCUUUUAGCCGAUCAGCGAACGGUUGAGCCAUGGAUUUAUUUAGCUGUUUGCUGCUGUGCCUGGGAAUUAUUUCAUUACCCAAUGUGUUUACAAUUUGCAUUCCGCCCAAUCACUGCAUUGAAGAUAUGGAGGAAAGCGAUGCGAAAGAGCGAUUCGACUAUGUACUUGGCAAAUAUGAGGAGGUGGAAAUGAAAAUUCCCGGAAAACCAGUUGGUUUGCAUGGGAAAGUGGUUACGCAUGGCGAGGCGGAGGAGCAGCACUUGGUGUUCCAGUACAUGGACAAUACGCUGCAUGACAUCAUCCAGACGUGUGCGUUUGUGGUCAAGCGGAAUCCCGGUGAGUGCGAGAACAUCCGCACCUACUGCUCGGCCUUUCUGAGCCGCCUGCCACGCCCCCUGCUGGAGCGCCAGCCCAUCAACGUGUGUGACGAUGGAACGCGAGUGGCGGAGGACGAGCCGGAAACGGAAGCGGAAGACAACCCGGAUGCAGAUGCUCAGGGGGAGGCUGAUCCGCAGCAGGAGCAGGGAGUUGGUCAAGCGGAGACCACAACAGCGGAGCCGGCCAGCUCCAAAUUAAGUGAAUUUUACUGAGUGGGGUGCAAUGUCAUCCUGCGGUUUGUUCAUUCAUCUCGACAUUUAACUGGCAAUUAAACGCACAAUUCUAAAAUAAGUGCGUAAGUAAGUGCAAUUGAGAUUAAUUUUCUUUGACAUUCAAUUUUCCGUUUUAAAUCACCCAACUCUUAUACUUUAUGAAUUUCCACGUAUUUUCAUGUUUUAAGUAUUAAAAACAUUGCGUAUACGACAUGUUGGUUUGCUGUAGUUGUGGUUUUAAGCUUUUGUUUUGACUCAAACUUAUAUUUAUUUGGGAAGUAUUUCGUAUAUCAG